AUGGCUGGGCUUGGGUCCUCUCGCGAUGAAGCGAUCUCGAUCUCAAGUGCUGAGUCGUCUGUCUGCGGCGAUCUCGAUGAGAACCUGUCUGAUAUUUUCUUGCCGCCAGUCAAGGAGCUGGGCUCACCUGCUAAAGCGAAAAAAGCCGGAUCUCGCAGUGUUGUUGUUGGCAUGCCUAUCGGCGCUGCAUCUGCCCCUGCUAGGGACAGCAAUACAACAUGGUCGGGUUGUAUAGCGAAUAGCCGCACAGAGAAGAGUCUAGGCCUGGAGGGACUCCAGCCUCCUCGAGCUCUCUCGCCCCUUACGCCGCUUUCACCCGUAUUGCCCACAUCCAUGCAAGCAGAGGGCGGGCUGUACUUGGCAGACAAUACCUUUAAUCCUGCGAUUCAAGGUUGUGACGACCAUGAUUUGCAUGACUUGACCAGUGCAGACAAUAAGACGCCGCUAUUGCCUAGCCCGAGCCGCCAUCUAGCUCAUCUCGAGCGACGAAUGAUUGCCGAAGUCCAAGCGAGCAUGCCACCCUCUCUUCCGCCGAGCGGAGGGGAUAGCGAUGACAGAGCUUGCCCGGCUCUAGCCAGACUAGAAACAGCCGAAGGGGUGCGUACGCCUGGGGCCCCUGAUACUCCCGCUCCCGCCUUGUAUAGUCCUCGCGCCAUUGCAGAGAUCGAAGGACAAGCUUCACACUACCCCCGUGAUCAGAGCAGCUCUCGACCCCUCUCAGGGUUUCAGAACCACGAUGCUAUAGCAAUAGAGAGCGGCAAGGGCGAGGAGGGUGAAGAAGACUCCUAUCCGCUCUCCAAGCGCCGCAAAGAGCCUGCUUCCUCACAGUCGACCAACCCCAGAGCUGCUAUACAGCAGCUUCUAACCUCAGGGACUGGAGUUUCUCGAUCUCAAAAAGCCCGCAGGCUAGCAGCUACAGUGGGGUGCCAAAAGUCUGACUCGAAAACAUUGACAAAUUAUUUGACCUCCCGCAACUUGUUGUGA